AAGUGAAAAAAAUUAGUAAUAAGAUAAAUAAAACUAAUAAUAAACGGUGUGCAUUACACAAAUACAUUUGUAAGUGUAAAUAGAAACACUUUGAAGAAACCAAACUAACAUAAACCGAGACCGGAAAGUUUAUUUGUUUUGUUUUCGCUGCCUUUUGUUUACGAAGCUAUUGUUACUUAUACGGCAAGAUCGGCAUUCGGAGACACCUCGAGGCUGGAGCUUCAGCUUUCCAAUAAGAAGGCGCACGAAGCGCGUGUGGGAAACAGUUGAUCUCAGCGAGACAUUGCCGGGCAGUGCGCACAAUUGCCCGGAACGUAACGCGAUUACACUUGUCUCGACUCGACUUGACAGUGUUAAAAUUCUGAAAUGUUGCAACUCGUACUCAUCCUGGCAUUAAGCAUGAGUGGUCAUGCUUUGGCAGAGGAGGAACAGGUGUAUGUUGUGGGAGGAUCUCGACCUGCAGCAGAUGCUCAUCAGCUGAAGCUCUGGCUGACAAUCAGCGCACGCAAGCGAUUCCUCGAAGUCUCCUGGAAGAAUGCGCCAGUAAGAGACGGCGACAAUGUCCUCCUGACUGCUCAGGAUCCGCUAAGUUUCGAGCAACGCUCUACGCCAAUCGGCACUCCUUUGGCUUCCUUCCAAAGUAACAACGAAGAGGGCAGCGGGUCUGGCGAGGAUCAAGUGGCCUAUGUACCCAUACAUGGCUACACAAGCACACCCAGCUCAAGGUCCGGUGCAGAGCCAAGUAAGUAUCCCACUGUCUGGGUGGCCAAUGGUGGGAACACGGAUAUCGUGGCUGCCAUCAAGCCGAGUCUCUCCGCUCAAUGGUUUACCACGGGUGUUCCCUUUGAUUAUGCCCUCUCCCGGAAUGUUACCUCCGAGAGUUCCUGCUACGGUUACUGGGCCAGCUACAUUGAUGCCAAUGGUCGCAUUCUGUCCAAGACCUGUGUGCGUGCUUAUCCACGCUGGAUGACUGACAUGCGCGACAUUUUGGGAGAUCUGCGUCUGCGAGAUCUUUUCAUACCCGGCACCCAUGACUCCGGCUCUUAUCGUCCUAAUUUCGAUCCCUUACUACGCGAAAGUGUGGUCACGAAGUAUGCACUCACCCAGGAUGAUGAUAUACGUGGUCAGUUGAUGCAUGGAGCCCGCUAUCUGGACAUUCGUGUUGGUUACUUUCGAUCAGCGCCGGAAAAGUUCUUCAUCUAUCAUGGAAUAACGAGACAACGCCCACUGCAGGAGGUAAUCGAGCAGGUCAAGGAUUUUGUGCUGGAAACCAACGAGAUUGUCAUCUUUGGACUUAAGGAAUUUCCCGUGGGAUUUGGCAAGGGUCUGGGCGUGCAUCGUCUGUUAGUCAGCUACUUGCGGGAGCAGUUCGGUGAUCUGGUGGCACAUCCAUCCCUCACCUGGCAUGCCACAAUGCGCGACAUCUGGAAGCGACAGCAGAACGUAAUACUCGCCUACGACAAGGAUCAAAUGGUACAGGAGUUUCCACAGACGCUCUUCGGCGGCGUGGAGCAACGUUGGGGCAAUGUACAGUCCUGGGCACGCCUGGAGACUCACUUACGCUACGUGAACGGUUUUGACAUGUCCCGCUUUUCGAGUCGUCCAGUGGUCGACAUGGCGGAGCUGACACCCGAAACCUGGGGUGUAAUCCUGGACAAGCAUGGAGGACUACGUAAAAUGGCCGACAACAUUAACUGGCGCAUCUCACAGCUCUAUCGGGAUGAACUGGGCAAUAAUGCUAACAUUGUUGCUGCCGAUUUCAUUCGAGGCACAACGCUAAUGGACACUGCCAUCGACUUAAAUCGACGCAAGAUUGCCUACUAGAGCGAUUUAAAUUAAAUUUCCUUAAUUAUAAGAUUCAAUUGAAGCAGAAUUUCUAAGCUGUAGAAUUUUACAAGAAGUUCGGUUUGCAUUUUUCAAUCACAAAAAAAUCUCUAAAAGCAAAACAAUUUAACUCCCCAAGAAACGAACUUCACAUCAAAUUGAUUGCAUUUAAUAACAUUUAUAAAUUCAUCUGAAUAAGCCAUAUUUUCGAUGUUUUUACAAUAGAUUUGCAGCGUACACAAUAUAUAAUGUAUAUGGUUGGUCAGUUGAACUUGGAUAAAGAUAGAUUAGCUUACAAC